GAGUGGCAGCCAGUGGAGGGAUUAGUAGAGAGGGGUGGAGGACACUGAAUGGAGACCAGUGAAGGGACUGGUAGAGAGGGGUGGAGGACACUGAAUGGAGGCCAGUGGAGGGAUUGGCAGAGAGGGGUGGAGGACACUGAAUGGAGGCCAGUGGAGGGAUUGGUAGAGAGGGGUGGAAGACACUGAAUGGAGGCCAGUGGAGAGAUUGGUAGAGAGGGUUGGCAGACACUGAACAGUUGUAGUCUAGGUGAGAGAUAACCAGGGAAUGAAAUUAGGAACUUUGUGGUGCCAUUGG